UAUAACAGUUCAGCUAAAACAGCUUAAAAGUAGCCUACAGGAUUUCGGUCUAAAAUGUAUUUGAGUAGAAUUAGCAUAAAAAAGUACAGUAUUUGGUUCCAUUCCACGGCUGAACAUUACAUCGUAGCUAUCCAGGUAGAAGUCCAACACCAAGCUGCGGCAGCUGCUGCGCUACUGUGCCUUUAAAUAGCUCUUCCAGUCCGUUGCCCCGGUAACCCGGAAGUUUGACGUUCUCCACGCUCUGCACAGCUCCGAGUUCUUCCUUCCUGUUCAAGGAAGCAGCAGGAACUGGACAGCCGCAUAUGUACUAAUGGAUGCAUCUCAGUAAUCUCUGGGAAGUCAGAGGACCUAUGCUUUCUCAUCACUGUGCUGCCACACUAGCCCUGUACAUACUGUGGAUCACCAUGGCCCAGGUAGCUGGCCAGGAAGACAGAGAGAAAACUACAGCACUGAAAGAUUUACUGUCAAGAAUAGACUUAGAUGAACUGAUGAAGAAAGACGAACCUCCUUUCACUUUCCCCAAAACACUGAAGGAGUUUGAAUAUGACUUUAAUGAAUACGGUCAGCUCAGACAUAUAAUAACAGGAGAACCGUUUGUGUUCAAUGCCAGAGAGGAUCUUCACCGCUGGAACCAGAAACGCUAUGAAGCUCUUGGAGAGAUCAUCACUCAGUAUGUUUAUGAGCUGUUAGAGAAAAAGUGCAACAUGACUAAAGCAAUCCUGCCAGUGGAUGCUACUGAAGGUGAACCCACCAGUUUUAUCUACCUGAGCCCAGAUGCCUUGUCCAACCCGCUCAAGCUCCUGGUGCUGAUCCAGGGCAGUGGCGUGGUGCGGGCAGGUCAGUGGGCCCGCAGACUCAUUAUCAACCAGGACCUGGACUCAGGGACACAGAUCCCCUUCAUCACCAAAGCCGUGGAGGAGGGCUAUGGUGUCAUGGUGCUCAACCCCAAUGAGAACUACAAGGAGGUGGAGAAGCCAGCCAAGUCCGCUUGCCCACUCUCUCCUACUGAGCCCUCGGACGAACCCGCUGAAAAGAGGGAACGCAAAGAUGAUAAAGAAGGCAAAAAGAAAAGAGAAUUUUAUGAGAAGUAUCGCAACCCGCAGAAGGAGACAGAGACUGAACAGACCCCUAUACGGGAAAAUAGUUCCUCUGAAGAUCACGUGCUGUAUGUGUGGGAUCACUUUGUGUCCAAAGCCGCAGCCAAGAAUGUCUUCAUCAUGGCUCAUAGCUAUGGAGGGCUGUCUUUCGUUGAGCUGAUGAAUCAGAGGGAAAUGCAGGUGAAGAACAAAGUGUGUGCUGUGGCUCUGACUGACUCUGCUCACAACAUCUGGCUACAGGAGACCAGCAAAGGCACGCAGGACUGGAUGCACGAGCACUGUUGUAACUGGGUUUCAAGUCCAGAGCCCCUGGACACACAGCUGGAUCCCAUGCUGCCAGACUGCCCCCGAGUCUCCGCAGGCACAGAGAGACAUGAGCUGACCUCCUGGAUGAGUUUCAAAUCCAUCUUCAGGUUCUUCAGUGAGGUCCUGGAGGCAAAAGAGGGCGAGGAAGCAGAGGAGAUCUCCAACACUGUCACCACCCGCAGCAGCUCCCUCAAAAACAAACACCAAGAUUUGUAGAGGACCUACAAGAUGACUUGGAACAAAUGUAGAAAGGAAGGCUAAGGUUCUAGAUUGCAUUUUUUUCUUGUUUCUUUCUGCCCCUGUGUAACCUCCCUCCAUCUUUCCUUGUUCACCCUUCUCCCCGAGUAUCAUUUCUCCCGUCCAGCCCUCCCUGGCUCUGCACACACACAGCCUCAUUGUUGUAAGAGACAAGAGUAUGGGGUCACCGUGUAUACAUCAAAAUAACAUUUUACAUUACUUCUAGAUGAGUGCAACUGUCAAAGCAAUAUGGGUCUCAGUGUUAGUGCUUCUCAGGGGCCUGACUGCAGGUACGGGCCACUGCAGGAGAGAUUAAGGCUGACAGGCACUGUGCACUGUGCACAGUGCACUGUGGUGCACCUCUAAUUGUCCUGACAUCAGCCUAAACUGAGCUAAUGCCCUUCCUGCCCUCCAGUCUGCACUACUCAGUCUCUCCCUGCUUUCCCUCGUCCCUUCUGGUUCGAAAGCCUGGACUGCUUAUUUGAAAUUAGCUCAUAUGUGAAAUAUUCUGCUAAGGUUUGACUUCAACCUGGCUAAUUGCUCACCUUAAUUUUUUUCAUCCCAUACCCACCACAAAUGUUUUUACUAAGAGUGAACACACUUUUAACUGGUGACCAUUUGUUUUAACAAAGGCUGUUUGUUUUUAUGAUCGCUUCUUCAUUCUCUAACUCCUCUGCGCAUGCAGUCGGCUUUUAAACCUGACUUUACUCAUUCAGCUUUGUGUAAAAUGUGGUUCUAACACCUGCAAUAUAUUCCUGGGAUUGCAGUUCUUAUAAUAAGAGAUCUUUUUUUUUUUUCUCUUCUCAGCUUUAAGGUAAAUUUGAAUGCAGUGUUGCAUACACGCAUUCACACCGUUUGAUUUUUAAUAUUAAGUCAAUGCUUCUCAUAACUGUGUUUACUUUAAAAUAUGUCUGUGUUUGAUUUGCAAAGCUAUGGAAAAUCCAGCUCUCUGUGUUUAUUAUAGCUUUUUUCUUUUUUUUUUUCUUUUCAAUUUUAUACCCUUGAAAUUGAUGUCUCCAGAUGAUUGAAUGUGAUGAAACAAAUAAAACAAACACAACUUGUGCUGAAUAUGGGAAAUCCAGGACACUGGGCAUAUUUAAAAUUGCUUAAAGUCAAGCAUCAAAAUAGGUUUGAGGGAUAUCUCAUUUUAACAGGAGCCAGAAGUCAGCCCACAACACUCAUAAAGCCUCAAUAUAUCACCUUACACAUGUCAGGAAACCCAAGAUUUCAAUAUUAUUCAAAGCCUGAGUGAUAUUUCCUUAGAUGUUGGAGAAAUGCAUCAUAUCUGUUCUUUCCCCUUUUUCCUUCCACCACUUCUUCUUGCCUACUUAGAAGUGACAAAGUCAGCUCCCUGCUCAGCUGCACAUAACCUGACUGACUAUGAGACAUAAACGUGAUCGUUUGUUUCCAUAAUGCUGCUGUCUUUUUUAAACCACUCAAGGCUUAAUGGGCUACAUUUCUAAUGUGUUUUGACAUUAGCAAAACUCAAACCGGAUACUAAAUCUUAUAACUUAAACACUUAAAUGUAUUCUUUUUGGACUGAAAUAGUUACCAUUGUUAAACUUCUACACUGUGAAAUCCUGCCUCUCCUGCCCACUGUGUGCAUGGUUUAAGGCUUUUGUGGAUUAUCUUUCUGCUGUAAUGAGACAACUGUGGCUGAUGGUUGCAGGUCUAAUUUCCUUUUAAUUUGAUUCAGAUCUCUCCAGGUUUCAGCAAAGAAGUUGGCUUAUUAUUUGAUUUGAUGAGUUUCAUUUCAAGAUACAAUUGCUCAUCUUUCUGCUUUUCAGCUACAAUCAGUUUAUUUUUCACUCCAUAAUUUGUAUAUUGUUGCCUUAGGAAUAAACAAGAUUCUGCUCACUGUUUUUAAUAAUAUCCAGCAAGCCAUACGUGAAUGGAGCGAAAGAUGUAAAAGCAGCCUAAAUCCAAAGCACAGUCUGCAAAUAAAAGGGGACUGAUUUUGCAUUAUGCUCUUGAAGACGUUUUUGCACAUGGUUUAUAUGUUGCAUUGGUUUGAGAAACACGCCUAUUUUGUUUUCUCACGGUACAAACCUUUGGAUUUUAUGAAACCGCCAGUGUCCUGCUGGGUCACGUGUUUUUCUUAUAUCCUCAAAUGUUUGUCUCGUUUUCUUUUGAUCCAGUUUGGUUGCAAAAUUAUUUGAAACUUUCUGCAGCACAACAAUUACUCUUAGUUACAAUAUUGGUUUCGUUUUUGUAAUUAACCUAUAAUAACCUGUGAAAAGCAAAUAAAAUCAACUUUUGCAUCUUGGUUUGUUUUUUUUUUUGCAAACUAUCUGACUGCACACGAUCGGUGCAGACUGUGCACAUUACGGAUGUAUGUGGAAAAAAUGAUAAGCAGAAGUUGAAAGUUAAGUGCGACUGUAAAUAGAGAUAAAGUCGAGCAGCAAACGAAAAAUGGCCUGAGUCAUUAUCUCAUAUGACAACGUUAAUUUGCUGCCACAUAAUCAGAGUUCAGUAUAUUUUGUCAUGUUAAAUUGUCGAACAAGUGGUUGAACUUUAUUUCAGUGUUUCUUAAAGGAAAGCUAAAAGUUUGAGGGUUGAACUUCCUCAACGUGUCCCGGUGUAAUCUGAGAGAAAGACAUAUCCUUAACUGAUUAUAUCGGCAGUUUGAAGUGUGUCAGAAGCAAAACCACCUAUAAACACCAAUUCUUGGUCAUUAAUUUUGGCAAACUGAG